AUUCCAAUUGUCAUUUUGUUCUGCCUUGGACGAUUAGUGAGAUUGAGACGCCUAUAUAUUUCUCUGCUCGGUCCCGGCUUCUCUCAACUGAAGACGAGUUGUUGAGGGACAUCGAUCAGCUGCCGCGCGUCAUGACAACCAAGGAUUCUAUCUUGAUCAUUGAAGCGGACCUCCAAUGCGAGAAAUGUUACAAGAAGAUUCAGAAAGUCCUCUGCAAACUCCAAUCAAAGGAGAACAUCAGGAAGAUUGAUUUCGAGAACACCAAGAACAGGGUUACCAUCUCGGGCCCUUUCGACGCAGCAAAGCUGUCCAAAAAGCUGAGAUGCAAGGCCUGCGAUGUGAUCAAGGACAUCAAGAUCGGCAAGCCUCCAGAGGAGAAGAAGCCCGAGGCAAAGAAGCCGGAGGAGAAGAAACCGGAAGAGAAGAAACCUUCCGAGGAAAAAGGGAAGACGGAGGAGAAGAAACCCGAAGAAAAGAAGAAGCCUGAGGAGAAGAAACCUGGCGAGGAAAAGAAGAAGGGUGAUGACGAGAAGGCGAAAUCGCCAUCGUCGUCGACGACGACGGUGAACCUGCAGUUGACGAACAUAUGUGGCAUCUGCUACCCGUGGCCGUGCAGUGACCCAGCAGCGCACUGGGGCAUCCACCACCCGCAGCAACUGAUGCCCCAGUGGCCGCCGUGGGGAGGGAUGGCGCCGGCGCCGGUUCACCAGCCGCACCUGCCCCCUCAGAAGUGGGCGCCGUGCGGGGGGCCCUCGUUCUGCGGCGGGUGCGGGUGGUGCCAUGGCGGCGGCGGCGGCGGCAUGCACGGUUGUUGGGCGCCGGCGCCGGCGCAGCCGAUGUGCUGCCCCGGGCCGUCGCUGUGCAGAGGGUGCAACGGGUGCAAGAUCGUGCAGGAAACCAAGUUCAGCUACCAAGAGUACCCGUCUGCGUGUGCCAUCAUGUGAUUUUGCUUGCAGUUACUUUUUGUGAUGGAUUUGUUUCCCUCCCGGUGCAUCGUAAAAGAUGACUACUACUUGUCUGUUUACCAAUGAAUCAAGAAAUAGUAUAUACAUAUACUAGUAUGCAUUAUGU